CUCGCUCUGCUCCUCUGGCCCUAGCGGGAAGGCCCCCUGCGCACUGCUCCACAGAAGGGGACCCUCCCCGCCCCUCUUUCCCGGAGGGAGGGCGGUGCGCACCGCAGCAGGCGCGACGUGUGCCGGCGCUGCUCCUCUCCCGCAGCCCUCCCGUGCGGCGUCAAGCAGAGGCGGGGUGGGGCGCGGUUAAAAGAAGCCACAGGUGGGGACCGGGGCUCCACCCGCACAGUCCCCGAUUCUUUUCUGGACACGAAUCGCGGGCGCCAGAUCCAACCUGCGCGCCUGGCCCAAGCUGUGGGCGCCGCUGCGAGCCUGGAACCGGAUCCCACCGAGCAGGAAUAAUCCUGCACCAUGGAUUGGGGGACCCUGCACACUGUCAUUGGGGGUGUGAACAAGCACUCUACCAGCAUUGGAAAGGUGUGGAUCACGGUCAUCUUUAUUUUCCGCGUCAUGAUCCUCGUCGUGGCUGCCCAGGAAGUAUGGGGCGAUGAGCAGGAAGACUUUGUGUGCAACACUCUGCAGCCCGGGUGCAAGAACGUCUGCUACGACCACUUCUUCCCGGUGUCCCACAUCCGGCUGUGGGCCCUGCAGCUGAUCUUCGUGUCCACCCCAGCGCUGCUGGUGGCCAUGCAUGUGGCCUACUACAGACAUGAAACAGCGCGGAAGUUUAUACGCGGGGAGAAGAGAAACGAGUUCAAAGACCUGGAGGACAUCAAAAGGCAGAAGGUGCGCAUCGAGGGCUCGCUGUGGUGGACCUACACCAGCAGCAUCUUCUUCCGCAUCAUCUUCGAAGCCGCCUUCAUGUACGUGUUCUACUUCCUCUACAACGGUUAUCACCUGCCCUGGGUACUGAAGUGCGGCAUCGAUCCCUGCCCCAAUCUGGUGGACUGCUUUAUUUCCAGGCCGACGGAGAAAACCGUGUUUACUGUGUUUAUGAUUUCUGCGUCCGUGAUUUGCAUGCUGCUCAAUGUGGCCGAGCUGUGUUACCUGCUGCUAAAGCUGUGUUUUCGGAGAUCCAAACAAACGCGGGCCCAGAGAAACCACCCCAACCACGCCGUGAAAGAGAGCAAGCAGAACGAAAUGAACGAGCUGAUCUCUGACAGCGGUCAGAACGCCAUCACGAGUUUCCCGAGCUAAGUAUUUCGAGGUCAAGUGUAGGUGAGCCCUUCCGAGCUUGUAGACAACAGUGAUCCGACAACUGUCUCUCUAGGUCAAGAGUUUGUCUAUAAAUGACUCCCGGUAAAUAAAUCUUGAGUUUGAUUGUUGUAGAACACCUGAACUAUUCACACACAGUGUAAGUUACAAUCGUGGUCCAUCUCUGAAAACAGUACCCUAGUGACAACUGAACAUCUAAGUCACCUUAAGUCCCAUGCGGACUGUCUGACUUAGCAUUUCCUGAAAAUUUAUAUAACGUGUUUAUAAAGGGCAGUUUAUCCAGAAAUUAAUAGUUUUAUCAGCAAGAUAUUUUUAUAGGAAUGAGUAUUUUAGUUCUGACUUUGAAUUUAUAUAAAGUAUUUUUUUAAUAACUGGCCUUCCUUACCAGGAAAAAAUAUGCAAAGUUAGCUUUACAAGUGCACCCAUUGUGUCUAAAGUUUGAACUCGUAAAGGGUCUAGCGUGUUAUAAAUGUGGCCUCAUACCGUCUGAGGACAAUUUUAUGAACUAGUGUGUGCUUUAAGGUAGGACGUGUUCAUUGGACAAUAUAUGCCACUGCUUGCUAAGUACAGAUGGAACAGAAGAAAAUGUGACACUUGUUAAAACAAGCCCUUUCCACCUUUGGUGAACAGUACAAACAUGAAUGUGAUCACUCCAAUAAAGCUUGACCCUGUUGCUUCA